AUGGGGCAAAUCUCGCAAUCUUUAAGCACUCGUCCUAAGGAGGCACUACCAAGUGACACGGUGGUGAACCCAAAGGGUGAGAACAACACGGUACAUGCCAGGGCCGUUACUACAAGGAGUGGAAAAGGUGGGGAUGCAACCACUUCAAGUCAAACAAAAAUUGUGGAUGAUGAGAAAGUGGUACAAGAAGAUGAAAUGCCGAACUAUGAAGUGAAAAAAAAUGAUGAGAUGUCAUAUGGGUUGUGCAAUGCACCGGUGACUUUUCAAAGAUGUAUGAUGGCGAUCUUUACGGACAUGGUGAAGGAUAUUCUUGAAGUCUUCAUGGAUGAUUUUUCGGUGGUCUGGGAUUCUUUUGAUGAUUGUUUAGCAAACAUGGACAAAGUGUUGCUUAUGUGCAAUGCAAGUGAUGUAGCGGUAGGAGCUAUUUUGGGGCAACGCAUCAACAAAAUCUUUCAUACGGUCUAUUAUGCAAGCAAGACCAUGAACAGUGCCCAAGUUAACUACUCCGUUACAGAGAAAGAGCUUCUUGCCAUUGUGUUUGCUAUGGAGAUGUUUCGCCCGUACUUGAUGGGUGCAAAAGUGAUUGUUCAUACGGAUCAUUGGUCACUUUGCUAUCUCAUAAACAAGAAAGAUUCAAAAGCCCGGAAUGUGCUCAAAAAAAAAUUGGCUAAGUAUGGAAAAUGUGCGGACAACACAAUUUUGAGUGCCAUAGCAAAAAAGGAAUCUGCAGCCGCAUAA